GCCAAUGCCUCUGCUUUGGAGAAAGAGAUUGGGCCGGAACAGUUUCCCGUAAAUGAACAUUACUUUGGCUUGGUCAAUAAUUAUUUGAUAAUUAUAUGCAGCAAGAUGCACACGAGUUCCUGAACUAUCUUUUAAACACAAUUGCUGAUCUAUUACAAGAGGAAAAGAAACAGGAAAAGCAGAAUGGCAAGCUGCAGAACGGUAAUGUGGAAAAUGAAGAAAGUGAUAAAACGGAACCAACCUGGGUGCACGAAAUAUUUCAAGGAACACUAACAAAUGAAACGAGGUGUCUUAAUUGUGAAACUGUUAGUAGUAAAGAUGAAGAUUUUUUGGAUCUUUCAGUUGAUGUAGAACAAAACACUUCAAUAACUCAUUGUUUAAGAGGAUUCAGUAACACUGAGACACUCUGCAGUGAAUAUAAGUACUACUGUGAGCAAUGCCGCAGUAAACAAGAAGCACAAAAGAGAAUGAAGGUGAAGAAACUUCCAAUGAUUCUUGCUUUGCACUUGAAAAGGUUCAAGUACAUGGAUCAGCUCCAUCGAUACACAAAACUCUCUUACAGGGUGGUUUUUCCCUUGGAGUUAAGACUUUUUAACACAUCAGGGGAUGCCACCAAUCCCGAUCGAAUGUAUGAUCUUGUAGCUGUAGUUGUUCACUGUGGCAGUGGUCCUAAUCGUGGACAUUAUAUCACCAUUGUAAAGAGCCAUGGCUUCUGGUUGCUCUUUGACGAUGAUAUUGUGGAGAAAAUAGAUGCCCAAGCUAUUGAAGAAUUCUAUGGGUUAACAUCAGACAUCUCCAAAAACUCUGAAUCAGGUUAUAUUCUUUUCUACCAAUCAAGGGACUAAGAAAUUUGAAAUAGGAAUUACUUGUCAUCUUAGAGAAAUCUGGUGCUCAGCAGCAUUUCCCACAGAGGCUGUGGGACAGGAUCUAGCUGAAGAGACGAUGUACAGCAAGGUUUUGUUUUGGUAUGCAGGCUGGGAAUGUGAAUGUAUGCUGGCAGCAUGAUGGCACAAGAUAUUGGUGUUCCUUACCAUAUUCUUCCUGUUACUAUGUACUAUCUUCCAAAAUCAUUGUACACUAGGGGAAGAAAGAAAAGACUUACAAGUUGGUCCAACUGUUUUUUUUGUAACCUUUUUAGUAAUAUCAUUUGACUUCCUAAAUUUUUUAUUGUAUUUGACACUACUGUAAAUUAUUUAGUUGACUAAUGUAUUAAGGUGAUUGAUUUCAGUGUUAAAAGCAUUCUGAUAUGGCAAAAACAUUAAUUAUUUUUUAAAAAUCUCUUCUGACAGCUUUUUAAAGAUAUAAUUUUCCUUUUAAAGACAUUAUUUUAGUUUCCCCCACCCCAACAAAAUAAUAGGGGUUCAAUUAAAUUAUGAUUACUGUUAAAUUCUUAUACUUGCUAAGUAUAGCGAGGAUUAUUAACUUGCUGUAGAACUAGAGUGAUCAGGGCUAUAUUUGACAACAGGUGCUGCUGAAUUUUAACUUUUUUGCAACAAACAAGACAAAUUAUGCAUAUAUAGAAGGUCAUAGGAGUGGAAGGAAGUUUUAAACCUGUGAAAGUUUCUUUUAAUUUUAAGAUGUGUUCAUUUAUUCGAUUUUUAUUUUGCUCCAUCUUGACUCCAACUGGCUUAAAUCCUAACCUCUGCCCCAACCCCACUUCCCCAUCCCAUUUUCAUAUGCACUGGUAUAUGAACACUGCAUUGGUGACCAGUGGGCCAAAUGCAGUGUUAAUAAUAGCACCCUAAACUCAAGCUCCAGCUUCUGUACCCGAAAGUUAUUCAGGUCAUUAGAGACAUGUAUUUGUAUAUUGGGUUCAACAUUUUUACAAACAAAACAUUUGAUAUUUGAAAACUUACAAGAUAAAUUAUUGCAAGACAUGUACUAUAGUUUGAAAACCUGUUACAAAUUACACUUUGAUACAGAUUUAUAAGUAUCUAAACAGGCAAAACUUUUGAGGUGUGUUUUAACACAGUCUUGUAUUAAGAGGGCCCUGCCUGUGUUGAAUAAAGGUAACACAUGGGCCAAAGAAAUUGCUGUAGUGAUUCUGUGAUUUGCAGUACACUGUAAAAAAUUGCCCAAAUAAGACUCUGGUUUAAUGAGUGGACUUCAGUUAGCAGUGGGUAAUGAUUUGACCUGUAAUUUGUUUGUAUGUUGUAUUUUCCUGCUUCUGUUUCAUUCUUUUAGCCUUUCUGUGCCUUGCACCAUGCCCAACAACAGAGCCAACCUGCUCUCAAUUAUUUACCACUGUAACUUGAGAACUGGUUUCCUGAAAGGGUAAGGGAACAGCUCUGAGAGACUGAUGGUUAUCCUUCCCAUAAUGAUCCUGGCUUUCCUUCGCUGCCUGCCCAUGCCAGCAUUGCUGACAGCAGAUACUUGUCAUGGAGGUACUAGGUUGCAAACUUUGACCUUGCCCACUAUGUGGUGCAGACCAUUAAAGCUCCAGCACACUGUUUCACUCUGAAUUAUUUUAAUGUUAAAUUCUUGUGUUACCCUGUGAAGUGUACAGUUCAUCAAACUGUGAUGUGAAUUGUUUCUGAAAUGUCUUUCUCUGUAAUAAGUAACAAUUGUGAUGGUGCUAACAAAAGGAAAAAGCAGAUUGAUUUAAAAUGAACAUUUGGUGACCAAGACUGCUUCCAGUUGUACCUAGGCAGGAUAAAAUGCACUGUGCUUUUCAUAGCUUGCUUACAUCAUAUAAUGGAAACAAAUGGAUAAUAUAUUGCAGUGCUGAGUGUAUUAGGUUUGCUGUGAUACCAUUCUAUGUAUGGAAAUCUUUGAUAAAAAUUGGUCUCAGAUAAGAAUUGGAAUUAGGAUAUUUUUCCUGAACCAUUUUUUGUCCUUGAUCAUGUUUUGAUGGAAUUAAUGGUCACAUAUUAAGAUAGCUUAGCCAUAGGGCUCUAUUUAAAACUAUGACAUUAAAUUAGUGCCACUUACUAUUCCAUACAUCAUCAGAGGAAAAUAGCUUCCAUUAUUUUUAUACUCUUAAAAUGAAUGAAUACAUCUAAGCAGGCACUGGAUAAUGGAUGCUUUUAACAUCCAGCUAAAUCUGUAAUAAUCGCUGUCACCAUAAUUUUAGUUUUAACUUAAUUUUUAAAGUGUCUCUCAUCAGACCUUGAUCCUGUUUAGAAGACGGGUAUAUUCACAACCCUCAUAUGCAUGUCUGCAAAAACUUGUUCUUGCAUUGGGUCUUCUGUAAAUACUUCACUGAUUUCAAGAAUGAUGCAUAAGCCGUUCCUCAAAAUAUAUGUACGCUUCUACAGUGUUUCUCUAAAUAGUGUAUGGCCCUCAUUUGCCACCUAAGUAAUCUUAAAAUGUUUUAUUGAGUUUUCACUGGAUGUGAUAAGUCACUUCCUCCAUUGGUUCUCAAAAAUAAGCCAAGUGUUAAUCAUAUCUACAUCAAUAAAUACUGAUUUUUCAUAA